GUUUCGAAAAGUUAUGUAUAUUGAAUAAUCUUUUGUGUAUUAGUGAAUAAAUAAUAAAGAUGUUUAUUUUAUAUUUAUUAAAGAAGCAAUUAUAUUCGGAAUCAAAACUUGAAGUAUUGUCAGUUUAACUUAUUGUUGUAUCAUAAAAUACUUCACUGUGUAUCAUUAUCAUAUGUGUAUGCGCCUUUCUGAUGUAUAUAAAUAAAUACAAUGGUAGAAAUGAAAGGAAAAUUUGUAAAUUCAAUGGGUCCAUUUGAUAUUUGUCAAAAAUUACAUCAACAGCAAAGAAGUAAACAAAAUGAUUGUGGUUUUUUAUUAGAAUGUGAAUCACAUAGUCAAAUAGUGCAUAAAUGUGUAUUACGUGCUGUCUCAACAAAAAUUGAUCAAUUUUGUAUGGCGGAAGAAGAAAAUGUAAAAUGUUCAACUGAUAUUAUUAAUAUAAAUUAUUAUGAUAACAUUAAUAAUAAUCACGUUAGUAAUACAGUAAAACAAUCAAAGAAUUCAUUUUAUUUAGGUCGUAUAUCUGAGAAAACAUUGGAUACUUUUGUAAAAUAUAUUUAUAAAUCAGAGAUUACAAUUGAUGAUAUAACUGUAAUUGAAUUGUACAAUGUUGGUGUUUUAUUAAACAUACAAUUUAUUCAAGAUGCAUGUAUUAAUUAUUUGAAAACAAAUUUAAAUGAAAAUAAUUGUUUAAUAUUCAUGAGACAAUAUAAUAACGUAAAUAAUUGUGAAGCAAAUCAAUUAACUAAUGAAUGUAUUAAACAUGCAGCAAAACAUUUUGACAAAAUGUUAGAUAAUAAUGAGACUAUGAAUAUUGAACCUAAAGAACUAUUAGCAAUACUAGAACAAGAUGAUUUCAAAGUUCAAGAUGAAUGGAAACUUUUGGAAUUUAUACAUAUAUGGAUUAAAAAGGAUUAUGACAAUCGUUACACAUAUAAAGAACAACUAUGUGAGCAUAUACGUUUUCAAUUGAUAGACACAAUGAAGUUACUUGAUAUAUUAGAAAAUCAAGAGAUGAAUAUAUUUCAUUCAUAUGUAAAAAACGCGCUUAUUGAUUUAGGUCAGUUAUCAAGGUCAGUAGCAAUAGCCAAAUGGAAUCGUAAAUCAAAUCAUUCUACAGACAAAGAGUUGACAGUGACUAAUUUAUCAGUAUGCAAUUUGAAAAGUGAUCCACCAAAACAAACUACAGAAAAUAAAUAUUUCUUGUUACUUCAGACAUCUUUGAUAUGCUUUGGAGGACGAUUAUGUAACAAAAGUUUCUCAUCAAAUAUAACAUGUUAUAAAAUUUUUGAAUUGAAAUCAUUUAUUAAUCAGAAUCAAAAUUUAUGCAUGGAUCCAUAUCAAAAUUAUAAUAUUGAUGAAAAUUAUUCAAAUAAUGAUUACAUAGAAUCAUGUACAUUUCCUUAUUUAAAACAAAUAAUUUUACCAAAUUUAAAAACUAUGCCUUCUUUAAGAAAAGGUUUUGGGGCUAUCAAUUUAAAUGAUAAAAUAUAUCUUGUUGGUGGAAAGCCUAAAUGUUCAAUGAAAACAUCUAAUAUUUAUGAUAUUUCAUUAGGUUUAUGGUCUAGUGGACCAAAUUUAAAUAUUGGACGAAGUUGGUAUUCACUUACGGAAUGUGAUGGUGUGAUAUAUGCUAUAGGAGGUGUCAGAGAAGACGAUCAAACUUUAUCAUCCGUUGAGAUGUUGGACCCACGAGUAAAUAAGUGGGAAUCAUGUUCGUCAAUGUUGAGACCACGAUUUGGUUUUAGCGUUUGCUCUACCAAUAAUGAAAUUAUAGUUGUUGGCGGGGUCAGCGAUUCAACUAUCGAGAUGUAUGAUAUUACGUCAGGAAAAUGGCAGCUUUUAGCGAAAAUGACUGAAGUACGUGAAGCUUCAAGUGUUUUUAUUCACAAUGAUUGUGUAUACGUAUGCGGUGGAGCUAAUGAAACUGGUUGUGUAAAUACCACAGAUAUUUUUUCAUUGAAAACUACAAUAUGGAGUAAAGGCAAACCAAUGAUUUUACAUCGGGCAUUUGCUGCUACACGUAUAUGGAAUGAUUAUAUCUUUUUAAUUGGUGGUCGUAACAAUAUGGAACCAUCAAAUUUAAUUCAAACUUACAAUUUAAAAACAAAUGAAUGGGCCGUUUUACCACAAACAUUACCAUAUCUUGUUUCAAAUUGUUGUGCUAUAACUACCAGUUUAUUAUAAACUAUAAUUUUUUUUGAAUGUUUAAAGUUCAUAAAAUGAACUGAAACUUUAUUAUUAUUGCGUAAUUUUGUAUUAAAAAAAAAGACAAAAAUUUAACUCUGUAUUCAUAUCUAGUCGUAAUAUAAUUUUUAAUAAUUAAUAUGGUUACACAUUAUCCACUUGGAUGGGGGGGCGUUUCAUUAGUAUCAUGUAGUAAUGUGUAUCGAUUUCCACUAUGUCAUAUGGUUGGCUGAGUGACAAAUAUGUAAUGAAGAAGAAAUAAUUUCAUGCCAAAUUAAUGGUACUUCAUAGACAGCUGAAGGAUCUAAUGGUUGAACGUUUAAUUAAUUAGAAAUUUUUGGCGUCGCUACAAAUAACUAUCUAUUAGACCGUCUUAGAAUGAUUGAUAUAUACUGUCGACUGAUAUCAGUGAUUAAAAUAAUGUAUUUCAUCUAUGUGUGUAUAUGAUAAAGCUUGUAAUGGCUGGUACUAUGUCAAGCACACAAAGGUUAUUUUAGCUUCUGGCCAGAUCAAUUUAUUCAUUCUUCUCAAGCCAUAUUUUGACAUCGUCAAUUAUUCACUUAUUAACCUUGAAUUUUUAUAUGAUCGUAUGUGUCACUAAUUGCUCAGCCUAUUCAUUAUGUGUUUGUAAAUUAAUUUUGUUUGAAUAUAAAUAUUGAGUCACGCUUUAUCAAAACGAGUUGGUUCAUUCGCAUUCUCCACUACGCGUAACUUCGUUCAGUUUCUCUGAUUGUCUUUCUGGAUUGAUUAGUGUAUGACAUAUGUGCACGUAUUGUAAGUCCAUUCUCGUAUUCGAAUUAUUUAAUUCCGUUAUUAACCAAAGUGAUUUAAGUGUAUGAUUAUAUACAAGGGUAGCCGGUAUGUAUCAUUUGAUAUAACU